UCGUUGGCCGUGCGUGUUUUUUAACUUGUUUUGUUCCCCUAAAGAUCUUCCGCGCUGGGGUUUCUCCGUUGCCGGCUUCAUCGGUAGGUUUUGCUUCCAAGAUCGGUUCAUCUGGUCAUCUCUGAAGGCCUUUGAUCUCACCACAAGGGUUGGACUUCUGUUUAGAUUUUUGGACCGGAGAUGCCUCCUCGACCGGCGAAGAAGGGUUCGGGAGGGUCAACGGGGGCGAGAAAGACGGCGGCUAGGACGGCUAAGGGGACCCCAAAGGCCAAGAACCAGGCCGAGGUGAGCGAGGAUCCCCCCAAGGCGGAAGAGACCCGCGCUCCCGUUGAGGAGGUGAAGGAGGAGAGCAAGGUCGAGGAAGUCGUCGUGGAGAAGACCGUCCAGGAGAAGCCGGUCGUGUUAGAUUCCAGUCAGAAUAACCCUGAAUCGGUGGAUGUUGAAUAUGAAGAAGAUGUGAAGGAGGUUUACUCGGAAGAAGAUAAAAAUGAAAGGUUAGAGUUGGAGGACAAUGAACCAGAGUAUGAACCUGAAGAAGAUACUGCUGUAGAUUAUGAUGAGAAGUAUCCGGAGAAUGAAAUAAUAGAAGAUGAUGUUGAUGAAGGUCAGGAGGGUGACGAGGGUGAUAUGGUCGAAGAGGAAGAAGUUGACGUGGGUGAUGAGGAGAUUGAGGAUGGUGGAGAAGAUUUAGAAGGUGAAGAGGAAUUUGAAAAUGCGGAGGAAGACCAGAUUGAUGCUGAAGAAGAUCACCAUGAAGUUGUUGAAGAGCAUAGAAAGCGCAAGGAGUUUGAAGUAUUUGUUGGUGGCCUAGAUAAAGAUGCUAAUGAAAACGAUCUCAAGAAAGUUUUUUCUCAAGUUGGUGAAAUUACUGAAAUCCGGCUUAUGAUGAACCCGAUAACAAAGAAGAACAAAGGGUUUGCAUUCCUGCGUUUUGCUACUGUGGAGCAGGCAAAGCGUGCUGUUUCAGAGCUCAAGAAUCCUGUGGUGAGAGGUAAGCAGUGUGGUGUUGCUCCAAGUCAAGACAGUGACACACUCUUUGUGGGUAAUAUCUGCAAGUCAUGGACAAGGGAACAUUUUAAGGAGAAACUAAAAAGCUAUGGAGUUGAAAAUAUGGAAGAUUUGACGUUGGUUGAAGAUACCAACAAUGCAGGAAUGAACCGUGGUUUUGCGUUUCUGGAGUUCUCAUCACGCUCUGAAGCAAUGGAUGCUUAUAGGUGCUUGCAGAAGAGAGAUGUAGUAUUUGGAGUUGAUAGGACUGCUAAGAUUGCCUUUGCAGAUUCUUUUAUUGAGCCAGAUGAUGAAAUCAUGGCACAGGUUAAAACUGUUUUUAUUGAUGGGUUGCCUGCCGUUUGGGAUGAGGACCGUGUAAAGGAUUACCUGAAGAAAUAUGGCAUAAUCGAGAAAGUAGAGCUUGCUCGCAAUAUGCCAGCUGCAAAGAGGAAAGAUUUUGGAUUUGUUACUUUUGACUCCCAUGAUAAUGCUGUUGCGUGCGCUGAAGGCAUCAAUAAUGCUGAACUUGGGGAAGGUAAUGACAAGGUUAAAGUUAGAGCUAGAUUGUCAAGACCACAUCAAAGAGGUAGAGUGAAACACGAUCCUCGGGGAAUUUUUAGGGUUGGCAGGGGAGCUCCUCGAGGUGGCCGUGUGCCUUAUGGCCGCCCUCCACCUCGUAGAUUCCCAAGUUAUGCCCCUAGAUCAAUUAUUGCUCGUGGUAUGCCAAUUGGUGGUCGUGGAUUGAGGAGACCUUUUGGAUAUAGAGAUAGACAUUCUGUGAUGGCAGUAGCAGAGAGGGCAAGACGAUUGCCGCCACCUGAGAGGUCCUAUGACAGAAGACCACCUGCACCUGUUGCUUCAUACCCAAAGUUCAGUGCUAGGAGGGACUACGGUAGGCGUGAUGAGCUGCCACCUCCUAGAAACAGAGCCAUUGCUGAAUAUGGGUCCAGAGUUCCCACAGAGAGACACUUGUCUUACAGAGAUGAUUACUCCCCCCGAGGGCCUGGUUAUAUGGAUAUUCCAGCACGCAAUGCUUCUCGCCCUGGUGAUAGACGAACUUUCAUUGAUGAUGGUUAUGAGCGAAAACUUGAAAGGCCUGUCACUACGUAUCGAGAAGGACGUAGCCGAGACUAUGAUUCAAUUUCUGGAUCAAAACGUCCUUACUCAGAUCUGGAUGACACUCGUUAUGCUGAUGUAAGUCUACGUCAGUCAAGGGCUCGCUUGGAUUAUGCUGUUAGUGGCAGUGGUUCUCAGUAUGGAGAUGCUUAUAGUGAUAGGCUUGGUCGGACUCAUAUGGGGUAUAGUGGUAGUCGGUCUUCAGUUUCUGAUCAUGAUAGUUUAUAUGGGAACCGUCAGGGAAUGACUUAUGGUGGAGGCUCAGUCAGCGGCAGUGGUGCUGGUGGAAUGUACUCGUCAAGCUUCAAUGGUGGCUAUAUGUCCCGUGGUUCUGAUAUUGGUGGUGGCUCUUCUUCAUCUGCAUCCUUCUAUUCUGGCCGUAACGUAAGCGGAAGUGGAUAUGUAGGUGGUGGUGGGUCUAGUUCGUACUACUAAGAUUUGACAUUAAAGAGGACUGGUGUAGGCUGUGGAUUAUAAGAAGCUUCUCAGUAUGAUGCCAACAUGCUUGGAAAGGGGAGUUAAUACCAAGCAUGCUUAGCUUGAUUCUCUAUGAGAGAACACCUCAUGAACUCGAGUUAAGAAGCAGAGGGCAGUAAGGUUUGGUCAGAAGAGUUAUUUGCUUAUUGACCUUUAGCUAAUAAUAUUCGAUGUAUGGAAUUUAAAGUACUGUGGGUGAGAAACAGGAACGCCAAGAAAUAUAUGGUGUGGUAUGUAUGAAGCAUGUUUUCUUCUGCUAUUAAGAUAUUAUCGGAUGAGAAAAGGUUUUAGCAGCUUAGUUCUUAAUGAGCAAUAUUUGUAUGAUAAAUUGAAGUUGAGGUGUACCUGGAUACUUUACUUUAUCAUCAAUGCUUGAUCCAAGGCAUUUUAACUUAA